AUGGUGUACGUCGCGUUGUACGUCUGCAUGGUGGUGAAGGCCGUGCAUCUCGAGGUCGUCGCUGAUCUGUCGUCCGCCGCGUGCAUAAACGCCGUCAAACGCUUCGUCGCCAAACGCGGUCGGGUUCUUGAGUUGCACUGUGACAAUGCAACCGCUUUCGUCGGAGCAGAUCGUGAGCUGCGUCAGCUGCGGAAAGAGUAUCUGCGGCAGUUCCAGUCGGCGGAAUGGGGUCUCUACUGUGCGGACAAUGGCAUCACCUUUCGGUUCAUUCCAGCCCGCUCUCCACACUUCGGAGGCAUCUGGGAAGCCGGAGUGAAAUCGUUUAAGUACCAUUUUCGUCGCGUCAUGGGACAAAAGGCUUUCACAAUGGACCAGUUCCUAACGGUCGUUGCUCAAGUAGAAGCAGUCCUGAACUCCCGUCCUCUUGUUCCCAUUUCUGAUUCGCCUAACGACCUCUCCGUUCUGACCCCAGGGCACUUUCUCAUUGGAGAGCCUCUUGUCUCUAUUCCUGAGCCUGAUCUACUUCACCAGUCCCCUAAUCGCAUCACCCGUUUGCAGGACAUGCAACGCUCGGUCCAAGAUCUUUGGCGUUGUUGGUCGCGGGACUACGUGAGCCAGCUGCACCAGCGUAGCAAGUGGAGGCGCCCGGCAGUAGACGUCCGCAAGGGUCAAUUGGUGCUGUUGAAGCAAGACAACUACCCUCCACUACAAUGGCCUCUCGGGCGUAUCAUCGAAACUAUCCCCGGUUCGGACGGGCGAGUCCGAGUCGUGGUAGUCAGAACGGCUUCGAAGGACUUCAAGCGAGCGGUCACGGAGAUUGCGGUCCUUCCAAUCGAUUCCGACGACGAGGUAGACGCAUCAACAUCAACAUCAACUUCCGAAGUGGUUGUCGGUUGA